AUGGCCGACAUCCCGCGGAGGAAGCCCAUGCCAGCUGGCUACCAAGCUGCUCCUCCACAGCUCCAGCCAAAACCCUACGGGCACUCUCGGACUCGAACGACGUCCUCGAAUAUUUUCCCUACCCAGCCGCAACCGCAACAGCUGUAUCCCAACAACAUGCAGGUCCAUGCCUACACCUCCCGCCGAACACCCUCGACAAACACCUUCUCCACCACCGCCAGCAGUGGCAACGGGCCCGUGCCCCAACGACAAACCUCCCAAGACCUGCGACGGUCCACCUCCUCUCGAUCUAACGGCGCCUCUCAACCGACUGGCUAUGUGGCUCUGAUGCGAAAGCAGAAGGCGACUGUUUGGUGCGAUCGAGCCCAACAUGAAGAUCCGCGCUUACUGGCUGCACAGCGGCAGGCGAAGAUAAGGGCUACUAUGGAGGUGGUUGGAGGAAAGAGCCACGCUGGACGGGUCUCAACAAGCGGAAAUGCUAGCCUGGCUGGCAGCAACAGGGUCGCGGCAAAGAUAAGACACGGUGGAAAGGCAACACUAGUGGGCUACAGUCCGGGGGACCUAGUUGGCGGCGUGGGAGGAGUGCCCAUGCGAUUAAGUGCUAGCGAAGUGGAAGGAGGAGACAGUGAUGACGAUGGGGAUAGCACGAUACACCACCAACGAUCGGGCAGCGGGAGAAGCAGUGUGGGCAGUAGCAGGAGGGGUCUCACGUACUCUCGAACAUCUGGAGCGAGUUCUGUGGUCGGCAGAAUGAGUUCUGGGAACUCGCCACCGGGCGAGAGACGGGAUUCUAUUCAAGAGGAUGACCCGGGAGAGACUCCUGUCCCUUCGACCCACCCGCGGGCCAAGGACUAUUUUGCGGCUGAUGGAGGUGGGGAUGGGGCUCGGAGUACGGGCAGUGGAAGCAGUGGGGAACGGGCAGAUGGUGUAGCAGAGUUGGGGUCUGGCGAUGCUGCGAGACUUGCAAGCAACAGUUUAUUGAAGUCUACUAUCACUCGGGAAAAGAGCGUCAAGAAUCCAGAUGAGUUGAGAAGAAGAGGAAGCGUCGAUGAACGAACAAUGACAAUGAGCGCUGGACGAUUAUACAUUGCAAACCCGGACGCGGAUAGUGAUUGA